CUGCAGGCGGACGCAGGGCUGGGUUUCCAUUUUCGCAUUGAGCGAGUUUCGGGGAACAAGAAUAUGGAGCCGGAGAUGGAGGACAAAACGUUGGAGCUGAUGGUGAGUUUUGAAUCGGAUGAUUACUCGCUGCGUCGGAGGUUGUAAUAUGGUAGUAUCACUCGAGAGAAGUUUAGAUCGAAAGGAUUUGGAACAAACAGGAGGGCCUAGAUGACAGACAAAAUAGAUGCUAACUAGCGUUAGCUAGCUAGGCUAGCGAGCCGAGCGAGGGCCCAGUGUCCGUGAUCGAACAUUAACCCGUGGCUCAUAAUUAUUCUAGUUAACAGCAUAAUGUUGUUUUGUGGAAUGAUUGGGAAGAGAAUGAUUAUCAUCCAAAUGGUAACUUAGAGGUCGACACGACGAGGAUUGAGUCGGCUAGUAAUAGUAGAGAAAGGGCCGUAUAGUGGGCCCCGUCGUUAAGUUAGAUGCUAGCUAGGUACAGUAACCAGUUAAACUAGUUAAGUACCUAGGAAAGUAAACUAGGCGAUUGGAUCUCACUGCGUCGCCGCUGCGCCAUUUGUCCGGCUCAAACAAGUUAACGUUAGCCGCAGCACAAGUUAAACCUAAAGUUAGGCUUCAGAUAAAUGUAUGGGUUCUUGAGCGCCUAACUAACGAUUUGUUUUGUUAGGUAACUACCCAGAUUGUCAACCAAGCACAGGUAUAAAUAUAUUCCUAGCUAACUUUAGCUAAAACAGACACUCUCCACCCGAGCACUGGAGUUUAGUAUCUGUCAUUGUGAUCAGUGGCAUUUUAAAGCUGCGUAGAAGGAAGUAGUUAACUGACGUACGCUUUACUGGUAGUUAACCAUGUCACUAUUGUAGCUGUUAUGUUGAAGCAAACAGCCGGAGUUAUAGCUACAUUUUCUGAGUAGGUAGCUAACUAGCAAGUCAGUAUGACAACCUCAUCAGGCAAAAAUUAACACGGCUAACUAGGUUAGAUAUUCAGAAUGAUACAAAGGGUUGUUUGGAUCCUGGAUAUUGAUUGUGGGACACAAACUCCCGCAAUACCAGCCGACGUGAUAAUUCCACUGUCCCGCAGCCCAGACAGGAAAUUCAUAAACUUCAUCUUCCUCCGGGAAAAAAGCGUCUACACAUUAUUUUUUCCAUGCUACUAUUUGGUUUGCGACAGUUGGGGGUUCUAUAAACCUACCGGUCUACCUCUACGACCUGUGCAACAAUGUAUCGUUUAAAAUGUUUACAAACGUGAUCUCUCCGGUGCCAGCUAGCCCAAGAAUUAACGUGAAACUAAUAAUUCACCAAGGGCCUGGACACCAGUAUCGCUAUACUAUUUAUUAUUGUGACAAGACAACAAAACAGAAGCGGAUUUAACUUUAGGAAAACAGCCCUGAUGUUGUCAUCCAGAGUCACAUGUAUUUAUUUUCCAAACAAUAGCACACAAUAUUUUACAUAUCGCUGGAGUUUGUUUGCCUCGUGUUUACAUUUUAGCCCUGGAAAAAAUAUCGCAUUACUGCCAUCCCCCUUCCCUUAAGAAACCAAGAGUGGCGAUUUUAGCAUGUAAAUCUUGGUGGGACUAACAAACAAAAUUUGGGGGGAUGCAUGCCAGCUAAGCCACAACACUAAACAAUGCAUGAAUUGCACUAUAACGGUGACAAACGGUGCCCACAAACUGUUAGGGCCUACUAAAAGCUGUCCCAACACCUUACCACUGCUACACCUGGCUAUCAGCGGAGCCUUGUCUGGCAGUGAAACAGUUCAUUCAGCCCCAUGUACUGCCUUAAAAAAAAAAACAUGGCUGACUUGCUUAAACACAUGUGGUUUCUACUGACAAUUGAGAUGUACAUACUGGCAUAAGGGGAGGACAAGCGGAUAAGUGGCAAUCUGUAAUUUCGAUUAAGACAUUACUGAGUGAGCUAGAACGUAGUCAAUAUAACUAUUUGUUCAGCACUUUUGAAAUGUACAGCAACAGAAUUCAGAACAUGGGAAGUUCAUCCAGUGUUCUCCCUGUACACCAAGUCAGAACCGUAGGAUAAAUAAAGGGGGUAUAUAAGCAGACAAUGAAAGCUCUUACAAUAUUCGAUGAUUACAUUUCUCUAAAACAGGUUAUAGGCUACAUGUGCAUCACCAAGUCAGAACAGUAGGUGAAAUGUAAGAGUGGAAAAUAUACCAAAUUAUUAGGGUGAGGCACAUGGCUACACAACAUACACGUAGUAUAACUUUCUUAGCUCUCGAGUGGCGCAGUGCUAGCUGUGCCACUAGAGAUCCUGGUUCGAAUCCAGGCUCUGUCGUAGCCGGCCAUCACCGGGAGACCCAUGGGGCGGCGCACAAUUGGCUCUGCGUCGUCCAGGGUAGGGGAGGGAAUGGCCGGCAGGGUUGUAGCUCAGUUGGUAGAGCAUGGCAUUUGCAACGCCAGGGUUGUGGGUUCGAUUCCCUCGGGGGGCCAGUAUGAAAAAUAAAAAUAUUAUGUAUGCACUCACUAACUGUCCGCUAAAUGACGUAAAUGUAAAAUGUUAGCUACAGUAUACCUCCCUGGCAUAUUAUGUCAUUUAUGCAGCAGCAUACAUUACAUUUUUGGACUCACCUUGUUGUGCUGUACUCACUUGAACAGGAAGGUGGCGUGGCGGUCCUUUGUGGGCAAAUUUUGUCUCCAAACUUUCUCAUCAAAGUCUGGCAUUCUCUGGAUUUAUUGUACUUUCAAGACAACUGGGAACUCGGGGGGGAGAAACAAUGUCGAAUCAUGAUGACGUCAGUGAUCUUCAGGUCGUAGCUCUAGAAAGAGGCCCGAGUUCCCGAUUUACAAUACAGAGUUGGAUCACCGUUCAAAACAUAUUUUCCCAGUUGGAGCUCGUUUUCCCUGAGUUCCAAGUUUUCUUGAACUCACUGAAGUCAGCUUUCCAGUUAACAGUUGUUUUGAGCGUGGCAGAAAUCAUGCUGGAUUGACAGCAUGGCCAAUGUUGAAUGUUUGUCAUUAAGCUUGGAAAAGAGACCCUUAAACCCAUAUUUGGAACCACACAGCUACUCCACUGAAUAGCAGGCUAGUGAUUGCUUGCAGUUAGGCACUGAUUCCUUCCAAACCACUCAUUGUUGAAUUUGCGAUUUCCAACUUUUGUAAUGUUUAUGUUCAAUGGCCGAUGAGCACCGAUACAUUUUAUCUAUAAUUUCUCUUCUUAAUUUCUCUUCAUAUGACAAGGAUUAAAAAGGAUUUGCCAGUAGAUUGUGCACUUGAUUCAUGAUGAUGACUGCUAGUUAAGAUUUUGAAAGUAUGAUGUUGACAUGAUCAGUCCAAUCAAAGCUACUGUAGAUAUAACGUUAUUUGACAUAAUUUUAUCUGUGGCCAAUGACCUUGAGCCUUCUUGGAUGGGCACUUAUACUGUAACUCUAUGGCAGCACCCAAGGGGCUUGAAUUUUCGAGCUCUACCCUUAGAUUUGGCAGUGACAUAGUGUCCCCAUGAGUGACAGAACUGAGCCAAUCACGGCGCAACUAGAGAACAUUACCAACCCCUACUCUCCGUAUUUUCCGCUGGCUGCCCCACCACCACAGAAAGCACUGAGCUAGGCUGAAACACCUGCAUUUUGGAACUGCCUUACUCAAGAAAGCAAAAAAGACCAUGUUUGUAUGCAGCUUUUUUUUCAUCUUUUUUUUAUUUUAUUUUUUUAUUUUUAUACAUUGUUUGCAAACUGAUGUGACACGUAUUAAUGCCAAAAUAACAGGCAACCCCAAAAUUAUUCUUAUUUUUUUGCUAAAAAUGUGGGUCUCAAAACAGGUGGGGCUCUGCCCAUAAACACUCAGAAUUCAAUUGAUUAAUUAACCAGCGCAGUGCAGCCUAUGUAGGCCUAUUUGAUAUUUAUUCAAUCAUUAUUUAUUGAAGUUCUUGUCUCAUCGUUGAAUCUCUGCUAGCUAGCUAUAUGCCAAUGAUUUGUUUAGCAUUGCUAUGUCAAAUGAUUAGAAUUAAUGACUGGGUCAAAAUAUGAGAAAAGCGCUAACGACCAGCCAGCUUGGAUAGCAACUUCAGAAUCCAAAAUGUAUCCGAUGCAGGAGGCAAGGGAAAAUAAUGUCUGUGUGGCCAUCUGUGUGAGAGCUCACUAAAUAGUUAUUGGGAGCCCCUAACAUGGAGAACAGAAAGCGGUGGAGUGCCAUUGUAGCUGGCAACGAUAUGAGUGGGACGUCCCAUUCUCCACCAAAGAAGAGGCAAGCCCUGGCUGUCACCAACCAGCGCCAGUAACAUGGAGAGUUCUUCCACUCUUGUGCAAUCAACAGAAAUGUCACUAACAUCACCAACUAGCUUGGUUAGCUCUGACUCGCCAACAAUAUUAGUUGGUGCCUAUGUAGGCCUAUUGGAAAUUUAUUAAAUCAUUAUAUAUUGAAGUUCUUGUCUCAUCAUCAUUGAAUCUCUGCUAGCUAGCUACAUGACAAUGAUUUGUUUAGCAUAGCAAUGUCGAAUGAAUACAAUUAUUAGAAUUAACGACUGGCUCAAAACAUGAGAAAAUAACUAAUGAGCAGCCCACUUGGCUAGCAACUUCAGAUUGCAAACACGAAUUUGGUGAGCAAAUAAAUGCCGCCUGCUGGAGAAGACAGAUUUUGGGCCCAGUUAUCCCUCUCGCUUCACCUCUUCCUCUCUGUAAUAGUUUAUUUUAGGCCUGCUACGUUAGGUUAGCUAGGCAUUAACGUUAGCUAGCUACCUGUAGAUGCUAUUUUUGAUUUAGCCAUCCAUAGAUUGCUGUCACCCACGUAUCUUAUUAUAUAGCUAGCUACUGACUGAGUGGUUAUGCACCUCCACCGGCGCAUUUGUUCCAUCCAGUGUUCUCUGUUUUGUCACCUUAGAAAAUCUUUGCCCAUGUUGAUCAUUUCUCUGUUUCCACACAAUAUGUCACUGGCACUAUCUUACAAAGUAACGUUAGCAGCCUAGUCCUGUGCUUUUGUAUUGGACAGAGCAUGCCAGUCUAGCCUUGUGACAUGUUAGGCUAGAGUCAUAUGACACUCACUUAAAGUUGCAAUAUGUACCUUUUUUGGGGCGACCUGACCAAAUGCACAUAGAAAUGUGUGUUAUAGAGCUGUCAUUCUCAUUGAAAGCAAAUCCUAAGAAGCGGUAGAUCUGAUCUAUGUGCAUGAUUUCUAUGCUUUGCAUUAAGUUACGUUUAUGCAGCUUUUGGUUUCGUACAAUAGCUUCAAACAGCUGAAAAUACAUUUUCCAUAACCAAAAAUAUUGUAUUUCACAGCGGUUUAGACGUUACAUUGAUUAUUUACACUAUACAGUGCAUUCAGAAAGUAUUCAGACCCCUUUUUCCACAUUUUGUUACAUUACAGCCUUAUUCUAAAAUUGAUUUACAUUGUUUUUUCCCCCUCAUCAAUCUAUACACAAUACCCCAUAAUGACAAAACAAAAACAGGUUUGCAGAUUUGUAAAAAAAAAAUUAAACGGACAUCACCUUUACAUAAGUAUUCAGACCUUGCUCAGUACUUUGUUGAAGCACCUUUGGCAGCGAUUACAGCCUCGAGUCUUCUUGGGUAUGACGCUACAAGCUUGGCUCACCUGUAUUUGGGGAGUUUCUCCCAUUCUUCUCUGCAGAUCCUCUCAAGAUCUGGCAGGUUGGAUGGGGCGCGUUGCUGCACAGCUAAUUUCAGGUCUCUCCAGAGAUGUUUGAUCGGGUUCAAGUCCAGGCUAUGGCUGGGCCACUCAAGGACAUUCAGAGACUUGUUCCGAAGCCACUCCUGCGUUGUCUUGGCUGUGUGCUUAGGGUGGCAGGUAGCUUAGUUGUUAAGAGCAUUGUGCCAGUAACCGAAAGGUCGCUGGUUCUAAUCCCCGAGCCGACUAGGUGAAAAAUCUGUCUGUGCCCUUGAGCAGGGCACUUCACCCUAAUUGCUCCUGUAAGUCGCUCUGGAUAAGAGCGUCUGCUAAAUGACCAAUUAUUUAUUUAUUAUGUGUUGCCCUGUUGGAAGGUGAACCUUCCCCCCCAGUCUGAGGUCCUGAGCGCUCUGGAGCAGGUUUUUAUCAAGGAUCUGUCUGUACUUUGCUCCGUGUGUUUUAAACGUUUUAGAAAAAAAUUCUGAUAACCGGUUUUCACUUUGUCAUAAUGGGGUAUUGUGUGUAGAUUGAUGAGGGAAAUAUUUUAUUUAAUCCAUUUUAGAAUAAGGCUGUAAUGUAACAAUGUGGAAAAAGGGAAGAGGUCUGAAUACUUUCUGAAUGCACUGUACUUGCUUGUUUUGUCACAAACUGAAAUUAGGCGAACUAUUUGAAUUUUAGCAAGCAUGAAAUGGUGGGGCGAUUUCUGCAUAGUGCAUCUUUAGUGUGGAUACAAGCAGGAGUAAUGUCUGCAACAUCGACUGCAUGUGUUUUGUCUACAAGCAUACUUAGUGAGGGGAAAAAAGUAUUUGAUCCCCUGCUGAUUUUGUAUGUUUGCCCUCUGACAAAGACAUGAUCAGUCUAUAAUUUUAAUGGUAGGUUUAUUUGAACAGUGAGAGACAGAAUAACAACAAAAACAUCCAGAAAAACGCAUGUCAAAAAUGUUAUAAAUUGAUUUGCAUUUAAAUGAGGGAAAUAAGAAUUUGACCCCUUUACAAAACAUUACUUAGUACUUGGUGGCAAAACCCUUGUUGGCAAUCACAGAGGUCAAACGUUUCUUGUAGUUGGCCACCAGGUUGCACACAUCUCAGGAGGGAUUUUGUCCCACUCCUCUUUGCAGAUCUUCUCGAAGUCAUUAAGGUUUUGAGCCUGACGUUUGGCAACUUGAACCUUCAGCUCCCUCCACAGAUUUUCUAUGGGAUUAAGGUCUGGAGACUGGCUAGGCCACUCCAGGACCUUAAUGUGCUUCUUCUUGAGCCACUCCUUUGUUGCCUUGGCCGUGUGUUUUGGGUCAUUGUCAUGCUGGAAUACCCAUCCACGACCCAUUUUCAAUGCCCUGGCUGAUUUGACGGUACAUGGCCCCGUCCAUCGUCCCUUUGAUGCGGUGAAGUUGUCCUGUCCCCUUAGCAGAAAAACACCCCCAAAGCAUAAUGUUUCCACCUCCAUGUUUGAUGGUGGGGAUGGUGUUCUUGGGGUCAUAGGCAGCAUACCUCCUCCUCCAAACACGGCGAGUUAAGUUGAUACCAAAGAGCUCGAUUUUGGUCUCAUCUGUCCACAACACUUUCACCCAGUUCUCCUCUGAAUCAUUCAGAUGUUCAUUGGCAAACUUCAGAUGGGCCUGUAUAUGUGCUUUCUUGAGCAGGGGGACCUUGCGGGCGCUGCAGGAUUUCAGUCCUUCACGGCGUAGUGUGUUACCAAUUGUUUUCUUGGUGACUAUGGUCCCAGCUGCCUUGAGAUCAUUGACAAGAUCCUCCCGUGUAGUUCUGGGCUGAUUCCUCACCGUUCUCAUGAUCAUUGCAACUCCACGAGUUGAGAUCUUGCAUGGAGCCCCAGGCCGAGGGAGAUUGACCGGUCUUUUGUGUUUCUUCCAUUUGCGAAUAAUCGCAUCAACUGUUGUCACCUUCUCACCAAGCUGCUUGGCGAUGGUCUUGUAGCCCAUUCCAGCCUUGUGUAGGUCUACAAUCUUGUCCCUGACCUCCUUGGAGAGCUCUUUGGUCUUGGCCAUGGUGGAGAGUUUGGAAUCUGAUUGAUUGAUUGCUUCUGUGGACAGGUGUAUUUUAUACAGGUAACAAAAUGAGAUUAGGAGCACUCCCUUUAAGAGUGUGCUCCUAAUCUCAGCUCGUUACCUAUAUAAAAGACAACUGGGAGGCCAGAAAUCUUUCUGAUUGAGAGGGGGUCAAAUACUUAUUUCCCUCAUUAAAAUGCAAAUCAAUGUAUAACAUUUUUGACAUGUGUUUUUCUGGAUAUUUUUGUUGUUAUUCUGUCUCUUACUGUUCGAAUAAACCUACCAUUAAAAUUGUAGACUGAUAAUUUCUUUGUCAGUGAGCAAACAUACAAAAUCAGCAGGGGAUCAAGUACUUUUUUCCCUCUCUGUAGAGGUUCAGUUGUAGGUAAUUUGUCGCUCCAGACAAACACACCCUCACACUUCUAGGAGGACAGUAAGGCUGAUAACAUUUAGACACAGCCAGGACACGCACACUCACAGCCGGAAGUGUCAAGCACCUGCUGCCCUAUAAAAAUGGGGUUAGCAAUGAAACCCCUCAGGAUACAACUAUUGCCAUCUGUAGCAUUUCCCAGUUCUCCAUAUAUUUUAAUUGUAUGUUUUAAAUGGAAUUAUCAGACCAUUUUGUGUUAUUAGGCGAAAUCAUAAAUUACCUCGCACAGCCAACCUAACAAUGUCUGAUUUCAUUACCUGAGUUGAUGUCAAUCUUUUGAAUACAGAUGUCAGAUUGACAUGGCUUUGCAGGUCUGGAGAAGGGGCAGCUGUUGACCAGCCAUGGACCCCCCCCCCUCAAAUCCAACAAUCUACCGCUAACAUAAAUUAAACCCAGCCCCCGAUGCUCAAACAAUUAGUUUACUUUGACUGACAGCUUCUUCAGAUGAGAAGUUAUGGCAAGCCUCCUAGCCUGGCAUUGUAAUUUGGUCCCCAUGGUAAAUUGGAUGUUGUGCAGUUUGGACCAGAAUAUUUGGGCUGGCUGUUAAUGAAUAGUAUGUGUAUUUUGAUGUACUAAUGGCCUGUCUCUCUCUCCUCCCCCUCAGAACACCACUUUCAUGGACUCCCAGACAGAUGAACUCUCAAAGAAAACCACAGUGUUCAAGGUGAGCCAGCAGUCCACGGCCAGACAGUCAGUUACUGAAGUUUAAUGGAAGCUUAUUUGCCUAGUCUACCUCAAAGAGCACAUACACUAAUGGUUUAUCUACACUUUCUAUGUCUUCAUACUUCUCUUAAAAGUGUGCCAUCAAUCUUGACAAUCUAGCCAUUGUUUACAGUGUUCAGUGAAACAGUGAGUGUACUAAUGCCAGACAACAGUGUAGCCUUUAGUCAUAAAAAAAACAACCUUUCUCAUAGCACAAUGGCAUCUUAGCCAGCGAUUUUAAAAGGCAAUCCACAUUAACCAAAACCAGAUUCAACAUAUAAAGCCAGUUUCCCAGACACAGAUUAAGCCUAGUUCUGGACUUAAAAGAAUGCUCAAUAGAGAUUGUCAGGGAAACCGGCCCAUAGAGUUCUGUACACCGAUUAGCAGGAUUAAGGCCCAAAGCCCGUCCCUCAUUUGACAAGAGAGCCAUGUAGACUGAAGCUCUGAUGGUUUAUAACCUUUUCUCCUCUGUUCAGACGAUCACUAACGGUCCGAUGACGGGCUCAAGGAAGAGGCCAUCGGAAGGGAACUAUGAGAAGGAGAAGGAAGUGUGCAUCCAGCUGUUUGACCAGUGGUCUGAGGCUGACCAGGUGGAGUUUGUGGAACACCUAAUCUCACGCAUGUGCCACUACCAACACGGCCACAUCAACUCCUACCUCAAACCAAUGCUCCAAAGGGACUUCAUCACUGCACUGCCAGGUAUGGUACACACUUGCUCUCGAGAACCCAUGGUGCCUUAUGGGACCAUGUAAACUACAAUCCCAACGCUCUGUUUUAACGUUUAGAAACGUCAAUAAUCAUUGCUUUCCAUACGGUUUUCGAAACGUAUUAGUGAGAAAUAAUCUUUCAAAUAAAAAAUAUACACUUACUGUAGCAGGUUUGCACAGAUCCAUACGGCUGUGUGUGCCUCCAGCCGACGAACUACACUUCUUCCCCCAGUUACGUUUACACACAGGUGUUCAUGCACGCUGUAUAGCUAAUUAGCACAGGUUGUCGCCUCUGUCUUCCUUAAACAAGCGCUAUAACAUGGAGAUAUGGCUGUGUGGGAACACUAACCCUAACCUUAUAAAGGUGUGUGUAGUAAUUAGGGCUGACCCCAAUUAAUUGACUGGUCGAUUGUUUGGUCGUUAGGCUGUUGGUCGACCAAUAUUUUUUUAGUCGAGCAGUAACCUAUAUAUUCAUGCCCAUCUUAGUGAACUAAUCCAUUGCGGAGGCCUAGACUAAAAGCCAAUUUAUGCUUGAUUUGAAAAUGUGGUCGGAGGCUCCAUAUGGAGGGUGUGACACAAUUGCAGAGGCCAAAUCGAGCUCUGUACCGCAUCGCCAUGCGCCUCCCAAAUGUUGUAACAAUGCAGAGGGCUCUGUAUAGCUCCGCAUUGACAUGAUUGGUUGAUGGUAGGGUGCGGUACAUCCAGUAUAAACACAAACUCACUUCCUUGACAACAGCUCUGCACUGCUCCACGAAGCGCAAGUAUGAAUGCCCUGACUUCUACUGAGGCCGUAUCACCGUAAAUGCUGUAUGGCCAAUGCAUACGUCGGAUUGGCCGUGCGCCCAGAUGCACAAUGCACUUCUCUUUCCAGAAUGCCCUCUCUCCCGCCAAUUUGUGCACAUUCAUUGAUUCAUAACUUCAGUCCCCCACAAGUUCAGUCCCCUGUAGCUCAGUUGGUAGAGCAUAGCACUUGCAACGCCAGGGUUGUGGGUUCGUUUCCCACGGGGGCCAGUAUGAAAAUGUAUUCACUCACUAACUGUAAGUCGCUCUGGAUAAGAGCGUCUGCUAAAUGACUAAAAUGUAAAAGUAAUAACUUCAUUGUGUGAAUUGUUUGCGUUUAAUUGUUAGUGUAUAUCAAUUCCCCAUUACAUAUAUCACCAGUAGUACAUUUACCAUUAAUUCCUAUAAUUUCUAAUCUACAAUGUUUGUUACUUUGGUUACGGUAAUGUAUUUUUAAUGCAUUCAAUAUUAUUAUUCCUGUCUUCCUGUUCUUUUUGUCAGAGUAGACACAUUGUUUGCAGAGUGCUCAACCUAUGCUACACUUGUGAGAAACAAGUUUUGGUUUAUUUAAUUCCAUUUACGAGUUCUGUCAAUUUAGUCAUUGUCUUUUGUUUGGAGCGCUCCUGUCAAUGUUGAGUAAGGACGCGCACGCAUAGAAGUAGGCCUAUAGGCUACCUGGCCUGAGCGCAAAUGUAGGCAUAUACAGUGCAUUCGGAAAGUAUUCAGACCCAUUGACUUGUUCAAAUUUUGUUAUGUUACAGCCUUAUUCUAAAAUAAAUUAAAUACAAUAAAAAUCCUCAUCAAUCUACACACAAUACCCCAUAAUGACAAAGCGAAAGCAGGUUUUUUAGAAAUGUGUGUAAAAAAAACAACAACAAAUAAACAAGUAUUCAGACCCUUUGCUAUGAUACUCGAAAUUGAGCUCAGGUGCGUCCUGUUUAUUGCUUUGUUAGCAUGACUAUAUUAUAGCUAGAGCUGUCAAAUGAUUCAAAUAAUUGAGUUAAUCCCAUGGUUUUCUGUAGUCAACUACGAUUAAUCAAAUGUUGUUUUAAUUUGACCCUAAUUAAAGAUGUUUCCAUUUAAAUCACAUUGGUUUGCAGGUAUAACCUAUUUGGAUUAUAAGGGAAGGAAACACAAAAUAAACUAUUCUAAGACAAUAACAAUAGAUCAGCAAGGUUGAUGUAAAAUAUCAUACCACUAUUAGAUCUAGCCUUGGCUACUUCUUAUCCAUGUUCUUCAACAUAAACUAGACAAUUUGCUUAAAUCUUGACCUGAGAACUACAACUAAAACUGUAGCUAAAUGGAAUGUAAGUUCUGUUCUGAUUUUAAAAUCAUUGUGUAAAAUAAUAGUUGAAUUUCUAGAUGCAUUCAGCCAUGGCAUUCUAAACAUUCUUGUUUGUUUAGUUCGCUAGCUAGCCAACAUUAGCUUAACGAACUAAUUACUUCUGUGCAAAUGACGUUUUUCCUGUUAUCUAAAGAAACGCCUGGGAAUGUGUUCAUAGUUUAACUUUCUGUAAAUUUUCCUUAAAAUGUGUUACUCAAGCUGCACGCAUAAUGGAUGUUUUAGCACCACAAGAGAGACAGCAGGCUGUACUGCAGCUGCUGCCGACGAAGAGGACCGAGUGCGUUGUGUUGCGCUCUAAAGGAUCCGUGCGGAAACAGACUUUUGGGUGACAAAAUUGAGAUGGGAUUACAUGUCAAAAGAAAUUACGCCGUAAAGAAUUUUAACAGCUAAUUGUAAUUCACGCAUUAACUUUUACAGCCCUAAUUAUAGCACCAAACUAAUGCACUUACACAUAAUAUACACAACCAAUAUACCACCUAACCACCACUACAUGCUCCAAGGGAAACCACUUUACAGGCUCAGUUCAUCCACACAUUCCCAAUAUACGCAUGAGUACUUCUAAUCAUUGUGUUAAACUAAUGUGUUGCACUGUGUCUCUUCUUGUGCCUAUAGCUCAGGGUCUGGACCACAUAGCGGAGAACAUCCUGUCGUUCUUGGACGCGCGCUCUCUGUGUUCGGCAGAGCUGGUGUGUAAGGAGUGGCAGAGGGUCAUCUCAGAGGGCAUGCUGUGGAAGAAACUCAUAGAGCGUAUGGUCCGUACAGACCCCCUCUGGAAAGGCCUGUCAGAGAGGCACCAGUGGUGAGUACGGACUGGGACCACUGGCUGGGCCACCCUGGAUCACAAUUAGUUUAAUUAAAAUCACUAGUAGAAGGGAUCAAGAUCUUUCCAGUUGUUGUUGUUAUUAUUAUUAUUCUCAAGAACCUACAUGAUAGACUGUAUUCAAGACUGUUUCCAAAACUGUAUCCAAGCGUCCUCACCUUAGAAAAAGACAAUUGAUGUUGUUGAGAUGAAUAAAUGUGUGCUUUUUUUAAAAUGGUGAAUGUGUUCUCUCUCCUAGGGAAAAGUACCUGUUCAAGAAUCGAACCACAGAAGUCCCACCAAACUCCUACUACCGCUCCCUUUACCCCAAAAUCAUCCAGGACAUAGAGGUGAGUGCUUCUGCUUCUCGCCUUGUCCACUCUCAUUCACCUUCCUCUCACUGAUCUUUCCUGUUUCCCAUUCACUGACCUGGCUCCACGCCCCCCUCCCUCUCCCUGCAGACGAUCGAGGCCAACUGGAGGUGUGGUCGGCACAAUCUGCAGCGGAUCCAGUGUCGCUCAGAGAACAGUAAGGGGGUUUACUGUCUGCAGUAUGACGACGACAAGAUCAUCAGCGGCCUCAGAGACAACUCCAUUAAGGUUGGUGUUCCUGUUUAAUGUUGAAUGAAGGGGGAAAAACAAGUCUAAUGCCUACUGGAUAUUUUGAAUACAAGAUCCAUAUUUUGAACGCAAAGUGCCUUACAAUGUGUCAUUUUAAUAAAUCAUAUUUUGGGAUAAUAAUUUCUCGCUGUCUUGUCUGGUAGAUCUGGGAUAAGCAGUCUCUGGAGUGUCUGAAGAUCCUGACCGGUCAUACAGGCUCAGUGUUGUGUCUGCAGUAUGAUGAGAGGGUCAUCGUCACCGGCUCCUCAGACUCCACCGUCAGGUCAGCACCUCUCCCUCUUCUCUGCUGUUGUCCUCUGUCCUCUUACGCAUGCUCCAGGAAGCUCCAAAACUAGUUUUAUUGAAGAGAAGAGUGGAAUCUGCAUGUGGUAUAUUGUGUCUGUGUUUGAUAUUGAUGAUCUCUCUCUGUCUCAGGGUGUGGGAUGUGAACACUGGGGAGGUGCUGAACACUCUGAUCCAUCACAAUGAGGCGGUCCUCCAUUUGCGGUUCUGUAACGGUCUGAUGGUGACGUGCUCUAAGGACCGUUCCAUCGCCGUGUGGGACAUGGCCUCGCCCACCGACAUUAGUCUGCGCCGUGUGCUGGUCGGCCACAGAGCAGCGGUCAAUGUGGUGGACUUCGAUGACAAGUACAUCGUGUCAGCGUCCGGUGACCGUACCAUCAAGGCAAGUCUGCCCCGAAGAUCCAGGGUCAGCUCACUAGAGCCUCGAGCAUGUCACCAUCUCAACAAGCAUAUGUUCUAGUACUUUUGCAGUGGCACAAGACUUACUUAGGUCCCACUAGGGAUGAAGAAGACUAAGGCCUCAAUCUCUGCCACUAGUCUUCUUUGUUCUGCCUUCCUUGUAUUUUCCAGUUGGUGUCCAUUUGAGCGCAACUUUAUGGGUCCUUUCUUGAGACAUCCUCAGCACAUGUCCAACCCAAUGGAUCCUGUGCAUCUUGAUCUCAACAGCAAUAUUUUUACUUCCUGUCUUAUAUGCGUUAGAGAUCUUGUUCGGCCAGUAGUUGUUGCAGAUCUUGCAAAGACAGCCAUUUGGCAUCAACCCUGUUCAUGUGUCUUAGUGAUCCUCUGCUAAAGCAUUGUAAAGUCGCUACUUUUGUAUGGUUCAGAGUCUACUGAAUGCACAUCCUGCCUUAUAUUUAGCCAGGCUUUGAUUUCUUGGCUCGUCAUAUAGUGUUUAUGGUACUUCCUGUAAGCUGGAUUGAUGAGGGGCUUUAGUUCUUUCCCCCUGCUCUAUAUGAGCAUGGCUGUUUUAAUCAAAUAAAAUGGUAUUUGUCACAUGCGCCGAAUACAACAGGUGUAGACCUUACAGUGAAAUGCUUACUUACAUGCCCUUAACCAACAAUGCAGUUUUAAGAAAAAUAAGUGUUAAGUAAAAAAUAGAUAAGUUAAAAAUAAAAAAUAAUUAAAGAGCAGCAGUAAAAUAACAGUAGCGAGGCUAUAUAUAGGGGGUACCGGUACAGAGUCAAUGUGCGGGGGCACAGGUUGGUCAGCCACAGAGCAGCAAUCAAAAGCUAGUUAUCUUCCCAUCACUGCUUGUCAUCAUUCAUUCACAAAAGAUACUUGAAUUAAAAAAAAUACAAGCCAGCCACGCCUAUCAAGUGCCCUCUACCCAAACCUAACAAUCCUAUUUCUGGUUGAGCUCAGUUGUUCUGUGACGUGUCCAGUAGAGGGCAGUAUAGAGCAGGAGUUAGCCCAGCGUGUGAUACUUGCUGUGGAAAGCACUGACUGAACCCAGAGUCCAGAGCUGACAUCUCUCCUCCUAGGGCCAAACUUUGGGCCUGUCUCCUCACCUCGGCCCCAGAUCCAGUCUCAGCCUCAACCCUAGUCUUAGCCCCAGCUCCAGCCCUGUACCUGCUUGCCCCUGUCUUCCAGACAGUGGAUAUGUGGGCAGCCAGGAUUCCAGGAACAAAGAGACCCUGGUUAGCCCACCCAUUGCCCUGGGAGACGGGCCAAGGCAUUCUGUACCGAGCUGCCUCCCGCACACAACACCCCAGUGCUCUGAAAACAUUCCACAAUAAAUAAUUGAGGGAAUGCAAUAUGUGUGCGUUUGGAAGAGUGAGUGUUACUCUACACCCAAAAUAUGGGUAUUACUAUUAUACCUAUAUGUGUUUACAUUCAUGUGUUCACGCAGCUGCACGGUAUCAUUCUCUCUGACACGUGUUUGUGUGUGUGUGAAAGAGAGAGGGAUAUAGCUCUGGUCCAGACAGUGAUUAGUACAGAUGCAUUCUAAUGGAGGAAAACCGGAAGGAUGCGGUUUCAAGAGAUUAAAAGUAAAGGUUGUCAACUUGAAGGAUUAUGUAGGCUAAACGGCUGUUUGUGUAGACCUCAGGGGUUGUGUGCAUUCGCUCAUGUUUUGCCUUGUCGCCCCUGCAGGUGUGGAGCACCAGCACGUGUGAGUUUGUGCGCACACUGAAUGGCCAUAAGAGAGGCAUCGCCUGUCUGCAGUACAGAGACCGACUAGUGGUCAGCGGCUCAUCGGACAACACUAUCCGGUGAGUGUGUUUGUUAAUGAGGGCGAAAAAUCUGUCAGCUAUGUGUUUGUUACACUGGUCUAUAUUUAUAGAACUGUAACCUGGAGAUGAACAUAAUUUGUCAUGGCUGUUCUCUCAAAUGUUACUAAACUAACACUGAUUAUCUUUCUCUUCAGGUUGUGGGAUAUUGAGUGUGGGGCAUGUUUGCGCGUAUUGGAAGGCCAUGAAGAGUUGGUCCGCUGCAUUCGAUUCGACAACAAAAGGAUCGUUAGUGGAGCCUACGAUGGGUGAGUCUUUAUCCCUUUGUGGCAGGUGUUAGCCUGAGCUGAUCUCUUACUACUAAUGGAGAUCUGACCAUUAAUGGGUUUAUUCCCUCACUCUAAUCCUGCACUUGGCCACUGCUAAUCCUUGUUAUUCUCUCACUGCUAAUCUGACUCUUGGUCUCCCGAUCUCAAUCCCAGUCUCGGCCUGUUAAUCAGAAUAAAUCUGCUAGGCUGUUAGUCAAACUUUAAUAGGACAGAGUAAGGGAUCCUCCAGUUUAUCCACUAACAUAACGUCGUCCCCAGGCUAUUGCGCACAGCUCAUAUAAGCCUGGGAUAUCAACCACUCAAUAUUGGGCUUAGUGGGAGUGACCAUAGAAUGAUAUGGGAGUGACCUACUGUGUAAAGUAUUUUGUCAUUUAAUUUUAGCUAAUCGUACGACUGCAAGGCGUGGCUCUGUUCUUGUGGUGUGCUAGCGCACGGGGAGAGUUGGGGGGAAAGGUGUUGUGGGAGAUGAUUGGUUGAUAGAUUAAGCCAAUGCCUAUCUCCCGGCUCUCUGUAUUGGCUAAAGAAGGCCAAGUUUGACUCAUUGGUCCACCAGAGUCUUCGCGUAUUUGGGCGGAAGUGUCUGGGAACGAGAUUAUCCAUUGACAAGACUUGGAAGACUGUUUGUUGUUUACGUUAUGUUGUUAAGAGGGUGUUUCUGUGAUGUUUCUUUGUAGUAAAAUCAAAGUAUGGGACCUGCAAGCUGCUCUGGACCCUCGUGCCCCUGCCAGCACCCUCUGUCUGCGCACACUGGUGGUAAGUCUUGCCUGGAUCUAGAACAUGGAGAUUGUGGCGACGAUUAUAAGGGUAGUUAUUGUAGAUGAUACUGAUGAAUGUUGUUUUUCAGGAGCACUCUGGGCGUGUAUUCCGACUACAGUUUGAUGAGUUCCAGAUCAUCAGCAGUUCCCAUGACGACACCAUCCUCAUCUGGGAUUUCCUGAACGUGUCGACCAAUGGACAGACUGAGGGCCGGUCGCCCUCUCGCACGUAUACAUACAUCUCCAGAUAGCAGGUAUACACGACUCGCACACAUUCAGUAGAGUACACACCUGCAUACACUCACUAGAUCUAACACACACUAGAGAUGAAAACAAAACAUUUUAGUGAUCUUUUUUAUAAACAAGAUUUGGAUCUGAUUCAAAAUAUGUGGCUUUUUGAUAGAUAAGACAUAUUUUGAGUAUGCACGCUUAUCUCUUACUAUAUUUUGCAGGGUAAAUUCGGCCCUAGCAACCAUCAACUAAUCGAUUUAGAAAAAGUUGAACUAACACGAAUGUUGUCCUGCAGACACGUAAAUGAAGUGACACCUAUAGGAUCAAUAGUGCAAAUGGGGUGCACACGCAAAAAAUACAAGUUGCCUUUUCUGAGUAUAUUAUAUUUAUUGACACUCAUCGAUAUGCCGUUGUCAGUAGCAGCAGGAUGAACUGCACAUAUUUCAGAUGGGUGCGAUGCAAGAUGUAAAAAAAUAUCUUGGCAUGUGCAUGAUAGCUGCGGGACCAUACCAGCCUCUCGAUUCGUAUUAUUUCCGUAAAAGCCAAUUUAUGCUUGAUCUGAAAAUGUGGUAGGAGGCUUCGUUUGGAGGGUGUGACACAAUUGCGGAGCUUCCGGAGGCAUGCGGAGGCCAAAGCCUUUAAGUCUGCUCGACAUUACUGUUUACUUUAUGCAUCGCUGACUCUACCUUUAAGCCCGCCACCCAAUUUCUUCUAUUGAUCUUCAGUCUACAAAACCUUUUUGGGUAAGCACUGCAGCUCAUGUACAACUCCAAAAUGUUUUGCUCGGUGGCGCGACUACUGACUUAAAUCGAACACACCUACAAGAUAUCAUGAAUAGUGUGCUGAGUGUGUGCGUCUCUCUCUGCAGGGCAGGCCUGGUGGAAUGUGGUGUGUGUGUGUGUGUGUGUGUGUGUGUGUGUGUGUGUGUGUGUGUGUGUCCGAGGACAGUCCUGAUGGCCAAGUCUCUGUGUCAAUGUGUCAGGGUCAGAGAUCAAGGAAAGGACCCACCCUCCCUUCCUCAUUCCUCCAUCAUCCUCUUUGCAACAUCUCUGUCCUCCUCCUGGUGUUCAUGUGGAGGGGUCAUCCCUCCCCAUUUGCCCUUCAGUGCUCAAACACACUGCCCUUUACCCCCCGAAACGCUCACACUCUCACACAGAGCGAAGUCUAUUAGGUCACACUCUAAGACCCACCUCCCCUUACUCUGCUCCCUCAAGACAGAGGCCUGGACAUGAAGGAAUCUGAACUGAAUGGCUGGAGAGGUGGCGAAGGAGGCGGCUGGAGACGGCCUGUUAAAGCUGCCCUGGGGAGGAAAGAAAAGAGGCAGGGCCGGGGCUCAACUCUUCUUAUCCAGACUGAGUGA